AUGAGCUAUCCCGGCGCCGCUCCGCCGCCACCCGGCGCCACGGCCGACCUCGACAACCCCCAGGACGUCUUGAGAACAGUCAACUAUGUCACGCAGGCCCUGACGCUGCUUCUCACGACGGCAUUUGUCCUCACUCGCCUGUACGCCAAGUCGAGAAUACUCGGCGGCGGCGUCAGCAUCGACGACUAUGCAACCUACAUCGCAUACGUGCUAAUGGUCGGGUACUGCAUCACCGCCGUGUUCGCGUCCAUGCACGGCGGCGGCCUCAACCAAUGGGAAGUGCGCCGAGAAGACAUCCAGCCCUUCUUCCAGUCGGGCUACGCAGCCACCCUCUUCUACGCCCCCAUGGCGCUGGCCGUCAAGCUGGCCUUGCUCGUCAUCAUCAUCCGCGUCUUCGGCGCCGUCCACAAAAAGACCCUCGUGGGCGUCUACGUCCUCAUCGGCAUGCUCGUCGCCUACUACGGCUCCGGCUUCUUCAUCAAGCUCUUCAUCUGCUGGCCCAUAUCCGCCUACUGGCGCGGCGAGCGGGACAAGUGCCUCAACCAGUCGGCCAUCAUCACGUCCGACGCCAUCAUCAGCGUCAUCAGCGACCUGACCAUCCUGCUGCUCCCCACGCCGCUCACCUGGUCCCUCCAGCUGCCGAGGAGGAAGAGGCUGCGCGUCAGCGGGAUCCUGUGCGCGGGCGGCAUCGCCACCGCCUUCAGCAUAUACCGCCUGGUGCUGAUCGUUGCGGAGCGCAGGAGCGCCAACCAGACGGUUGUCUUUGUGCAGGUGAUUUUGUCGGGCAACGCCGAGGUGGGCAUCGGCCUUAUUUGCGCUUGUCUGCCGGCCGUGUCGGCGCUGUAUAUUCAAAAGACGCGCGGGUCGUCGUACCUCAAGCAGAGCGGCUACGGGCGCACCGGGUCCAGCAACACGCCGUCGCGGAAUAACGAAAUCAUGCUGACGAGGUCGUUUCACGUCGACACGUCGAGUGUCCAUUAUGAGGCGCAAAACAUGGGCAAUGACGAGCUGGCGCUGGUUUCUAAACACCCGCUCAGCCACAAGGGUAGUCGGUCUGAUUCUGUGUACUGA